AUGAAAUCUUUGUUAAUAGAGGACAGGUGGAAUCAUGGCUACCAUGGUUUAAUCAAGCUCAUUGUCGUACAAAGGAGUUUUUACCAACUGAUUAUCAACAAAUAA